AUUCAACGCACAUGCGAAUGCCAGCCCUGCCACCUAGCGGCCGCCGGGGGAACUAAGUAAACAAACAUUGCCUUGUGGAGUCGCUCGCGAGGCACACGUGUUGAAGAUGAAGGAGGCAGACGAGUCAGACCAAGAAGCUUUUUUAAGGAAUAGAAGCUUAGAUGAAUAUGUUAAGACGGUAAUGACGCACAUCCGAGGAUGCCAGAAGCUGAGCAUGGAGCUCCAGGGAUGGCACCAUUACAGCGACUUCGUUGGGGUCCGAAAUACCAUACAGGAGGUCAACACAAGGAUUACAAACCUGAUUACCAACAUCUUCCAACACCAAGACAUCAAACUGAAACUGAGCCACACAAAAUUGCUCGACCAGUUCGACAUGGUGAGAGAAGGGAACGACGCUCUGCUCGAAAGAAUCAAUUCAGACAUUGACGAGGCAUCUGGGCUGAAGAAAGAUAAUGAUUUUGAACCGACAGUCAAAAGAGUACAAGCUCCGUCGUCAGCCAGUUCGCCCAGCAAGAACGUUGUCCUCAUGGCCUCGCGGAACGUCCAGAAGCCGCAGUUGUUCUUCAAGGAGAAAGUGAACAACUCGAAGAAGGAACCCUUUAUUCCUAUGAUCACUGAAAAACCAAACUCCAUGAAGCCGUUGUCGAUCCUUAUUUGCGUGGACGGAGCUCAGGAAUACUACAGCCACCCCUACGAGUACGAGCUCAACCACUGGAUGCCAGACCCUGCCCAGCUGGAGACGGUGAAGCCACGACGCCCCCGGCCCCUUGGCCAGACUCCCCUCAGGAUGGUGACAGAGGUGCAGCAGCUGGAGGCCUUGGUUGACGAGCUGAGGACGUGCUCUGAGAUCGCAGUCGAUUUGGAGCACCAUGCCUUCAGGUCGUACCAGGGACUCACCUGUCUCAUCCAGGUGUCAACAAGGACGAAGGACUACCUCAUCGACCCUUUGGCUCUCCGGGGCCAGCUCACCGUUCUGAACGAGGUGUUCACCAAUCCCAAGAUUACUAAGGUGCUUCACGGUGCAGACUUUGACAUCCUAUGGCUCCAGAGGGACUGCGGCGUUUAUGUCGUCAACAUGUUCGACACGCACCAGGCCGCCAUAGUCCUGGAAUACCCACACCGUUCCCUGGCUGCAUUGCUCUCCAAGUUCUGUGACAUUCAAGCAAACAAGGUGUACCAACGAGCCGAUUGGAGAAUAAGGCCCCUUCCUGAGGAUUUUCUGGAAUAUGCUCGGCAAGAUUCUCACUCCCUUCUCUACAUUUAUGACCUCAUGCGGAAUGAGUUGAUCGAGCGAGGGAAUCAGCUGAAUAACUUGAUCACAGCCGUCUACAGCAGAUCAGUAGACAUAUGUUUAAAACGCUAUGAGAAGCCGUUCGUAGGACCAGACAGUCACAUGGAUUUGUACCGUCGAAGCCGCAAAACUUAUGACACGAAGCAGAUGUACGCAUUGAGAGAACUGUACCUUUGGAGGGACAAUGUUGCUCGGGAACAAGAUGAAAGUCCAGAUUAUGUUUUGCCAAAGCAUAUGUUGCUGCAGAUUGCUGAGGUGCUGCCCAAGGAGAUGCAAGGAGUGCUGGCCUGCUGCAACCCCAUUCCACCCCUCGUCAAGACAGAGCUGCUCACAAUCCACACCAUCAUCAGAGCAGCAAGGGAACAGAAGCUCCUGCCGGUCCUGGAGGAAUCAGUGGAGCAGCAGAUUCCGCAAGUCCACCUACAGAUGGAGGAGCUGAACACGGGUCUGGUGAUCAGCAAGCAUGACCUCUCCACGGUGGAAGAGAAUCCGACUGACCUGCCGACCCUUCUGAAUCCGAGGGAGACCCUGCUCGGUGAUCUUUUUUCACAGCCUAGGAUAGACGUCAGAGUGAAGGAGAAGUCCAAGAUGUUCGGCUGCGUGACGGCCCACUUAAAACACAAGGACAGCUUGCACAGGGAAAUAACAAAGGAGUUCAUGAGUCCGUAUGAAAGAUACACAGCCUACCAGGACCUAAAGCCCCACUUGGACGGAGAGCGGAAGAAGCGAGCCGAGCCCGUCGAUGAGGCACACAUUGCUCGGGUCAAACAGCAUUUCCUGUGCUUGAGCAACAACACGCCUCAAGAGAAAUCAGAGGAGGAGGCAAGGGUUGUUGUCUCGAAGCAGAAAAGACCCCGCCCGGCGAAGGAACAGAAGAAGAUAGAGAUGAAUACCCCAAUACUCUUAGGGGACGAGAUCAAAGAAAUGAAAGCGACGAACAGCGCGGAAAAACGUGCAGCGGAGAAUGAAGGCGGGGCGGUGAACGACGAGAAUGAUGGGUCGCCAAGCAAGAGACUGAAGCCAAACGAAGCAGAUGGAAGGUCUAAAGAGGAAGGGAAGGAAAGGAAAGAUGGCGAAAAGGAAAAGGGAGAAAGGGAGGAGGAAGGGGCGUGUAGGGGCUCAGGGGAGGAGGAAGAUGUGGAAUUAGCCGCAGAGGGAGGAUCUUCGGGAGGGAGCGAGGAAGGUCCCGUGCCCUUUGACUACGAUAAGGCUGAUUACAGCAUCUUUGAGGGCAAGCAGGGCAAGAAGUUCAAAUCUAAACAACAGUACCAGCAGAAGUUUGGAGGGAGGGGCCAAAGGGGUAGAGGCUUCAAGUCGAAUAUGAAGAGCUUUUCUUUCGGAAGAGGGAAGACAGGCAGAGGUGGCUCGCGUCGAUAAUUAUGAAUAAUAUGAUGUCUAUGUCUAUAUUAUCUGUGAGCAAUAAUGUACUAUAUAUUAGGGUAAUGUGUUUCUAAAGGUGUUCUCAGACCAGUUACUCAAAAAUGGGUUUAUAUUCAUCUUCAUGCAAUACAAUCAGAAGAUAUGUAUAAAUAUCAAUGAUUAUGUUAUAGAUGUUAAACUAAUGUAACAUUUAAUAAAUGUAUAUUCAGACGAUUGGCCUAAAAACACCUUUAACACACAUGCCUUCAUAUGUUGUAAUUCUUGUCUGAGAAAUCUUCUUUGUAAACAAGAAAAUAUAUAUACAAAAAUGGACAAGGUUUCUAAAUGAGUAGGAACCUAAUUCUUUUGUAUUAUACUAAUUUGUAUUAACUUUAUAUGCAUAUACUUAUAGAGUGAUGUCUGUGACUCACUCCAUCUUUAUAGAUUACAGUUUUGAGAGUC